CUUUCUGUUGAGAGUAAACGGUGACUGUUGCAUUUUUGAACGCAGGACAAAAAUACCGUGUAGCAUUCAUUUGCUCAGGUUAAAUAAUUGACGGCUUGCUUGAUUUCUAUCUGUUACAGCCCUUCACACGUUCAGUCAGUCAUCCGUCGCGUGAUUUGAUCAGCUCAAAGGUGGAAUCAUGUCGCUUCUGCUGGAGAAAAUAAGAAGCACCGACCGAGAUGCAGCCAGAGUGUUGGAGAGGGAGGAUUUACGCACCGACUCGAGUAUCCAGUCACUGACUAAAGAAGACCUGCGUGACCUGUUUCCUGGACCUGAGAAAUUCAGACUGAGAAAGGCAAUCUUUGAAAUGAUACAGGAACAGAAGCCGGUUGAUGUGCUCAUAAGCAAACUGAAAGCUUCUAACCAGCAUGAAUCUCUCAGGGCUGCUCUAAAUAGCAGUGGCACCUUGUUAGAUUACCUCAAUACCCUGAAGGACAUGAAGACCCAGAUGAAUAACAUCCAGGGUUUCCUCGAUGCUCACAUUGAACUCCUGGAGGAAUUCACGAAACAUCAGCCAGACAAGGAGUGGGAGAAAGCCAGCUCUUUGCCAGGCACAAGUGCGUCAGACACCCAUGCUCUAGUGGUGAGCCACAGUGACCAGAGUGGAGGCUAUUCACAAGAAGCACAAGGAAGUUCCUUUGCCACGUCAUCACCACAGAACUUUCGGGAAGUGAUAUACCAGGUGGUUGUCAGCGGUAAAACCUUUGGUGCCGACGUCCAGCUGAUGCGGAAAGUGCUGAAGAGUCAAUUUCAGGAUCAGGUUGAGUUUGUUGAAAGCAGUACGGAUCACCAGGUCACUGUUCUCCUCUGCCCAAUCUGCUCACGCAUUGGCUCAGAUGUUGAUGCAGCCGUGAGUGAAGUUAAAGAUGAUAAACCUGUCAUUCUGGUGUUGAUGCACCACACACACGAGCCCAGGCACACAACAUCUGUGAGAACAUGGGCGUAUUACCCUAAAAUUGUGUUUCAUGUCAAUGUUUUCUUCCAUGACACAAUGAAUGGAUUGCUCUCAUGUGCACAAAAUGAUAUUGCUGUUAGCAGUAUACAGAACAAAUUACUGGAGUACAGCACUCCGAGGCCUCAACAGACCAUUGCCAAUCCCCACAGGAUUGGUAUGGGUGCUGGAAGUGGUAGGACUGGUAGUAGCCCUGUUAGAGGUGGUGGUAGCAACAGUGAUUCAGGUGGUGGCAAUUAUUUUACAAAUUGGUUUCAGCGUGGUAAGUAGAGUUGGCAGUGUUGGUUGUCGUAUUGAUGGUAUUUCAGUUCACAUCACAAUUAAGACUAAAUGGAUUGCACCAACAAAUAAGAAAUAAAGCAGCAAAACUGACUGAUUUCAACCAUUUACAGAUUGCAGAAAAUGUAAUGUAGUCCUUCAUAGAUCAGCCGCUGACAGUGGUCUGAUGAUGUCAGUGUUCAUGUUAAUCAUGGGUGUAAAUGGGUAAACACAGAGUUCUCUGUACAGCUGCUGAAUUCCUAACGCUACAUCGUGUAGCUUCUGCUUUGUCAGGUUUUUGGCUCGAAACCUCUCUGAAAUAUCCUUAUAGAUUGAAGAAAAGAAAAUGUUGAUUUAAAGUGAGAUGAAAUACAACCUUAUGAUGAAACAGAAUUCCUAUGAUCAAAUUUCCAAUUUUCAGUUCUAUAUACGAUUUAUCGUGUGCAAUGGACUUAUCUUAGUGUAUGUAUAGACAUAGACUUGAAUGCACGGUAAGUUGUUAAAGAGUGCAAUGGCCAUAAAGCUCAGUGACCAGCCAGGGAUAAACUUUGUGUUUUAUCCAGCGCAGAUACAAAAAAUCAAUGCAAAAAUAAAGAGAACAUUUGCUUUAAAGUAUCAUUGUGUAUGUGUGCUGUACCUUACAGUAAAAUCAUGUUGCAGGAAGUGUAUAAGGUGUAAUGAUUAAUAUACUUAGUACUUUCAAUAAACUGCAAGUAUGGGUGGAA